GCGCUUUUAAAACGGUCACACUGCAUCAGUCAUCAAAGCGGGUGUGGAUCACUGUUGGUUUUGUGUUGUUUAAGUUUUUCGAAUCUUUGAGUUCCCGAGUUAGUUUUAUUUACCUUUCUGUUGAUUAAUACAAUGUGUAUAGUGUGUUGAGCAGCUUGAGCAGAUUAAUUUCGAAAACGAGCAAAGAUGUGGCACUCGCUGCGCGCCCUGCUCGUGGUAGCGGCCGUUUUGGAUGCACUGCACCCGACGGUCAGUCAGAGCGACACCUACUACAAUCCCAAUCAGAAUCAGCAGAAUCCACAACAACCGCUCCUGCCCAACCAGCAGUGGGGCAACAAUCCUCAAACGAAUCAGUAUGGCAACAAUCCUCAGAUAAAUCAAUACGGCAACAAUCCCCAAACGGAUCAGUAUGGCAACAAUCCGCAAACGAAUCAGUACAAUAAUGGCCAAAUCAAUCCCAACGAUCGCCCGCCGUUCAGGACCGAUUCGGGAAGCUACAAUAAUCUUGCUGGACAGAAUGAGUACGGUAAAGAGGGCUUUCCGAACAACGAAGAGCCUAGUUUGACAAGAGGAAAGUCUUCGUAUAACAUCAAAGCCACCUUUUUGGAAUCACUUCAUUCAAGGGAGCCUACUUACUUUAUUGUGGCCUCCCGAAUGGUCAGACCUGGUCUAAUUUAUCAGGUGUCCGUGUCCAUUCUUCAAGCCCAAUACCCGAUAACAGUUCACGCUAGCAUUGCAUGUGAUGGUGUCCAAAUCAGCGGGGACUCCAAGGAUGUCAAGGAGGGCGUGCCAGAGACGUUACUCAUGAGGAUCCCACCCACCAGUGUGACUGGAAGCUAUAAGCUAAGAGUAGAAGGUUUCUAUCAGAAUGUUUUUGGUGGGCUAGCAUUCCUGAACGAAACGAGACUGGACUUCUCACAGCGAUCCAUGACGAUCUUCGUGCAGACAGAUAAGCCGCUUUACAUGCAAGGAGAGACUGUAAGGUUUAGGACAAUUCCGAUCACUACCGAACUCAAGGGAUUCGACAAUCCCGUGGAUGUGUACAUGCUGGACCCAAAUAGGCACAUUUUGAAGCGGUGGCUCUCACGACAAUCUAACCUGGGUUCUGUUUCACUGGAGUACAAGCUGUCGGAUCAACCCACCUUUGGUGAGUGGACCAUCCGUGUGAUUGCCCAGGGUCAGCAGGAAGAGAGUCACUUCACGGUGGAGGAAUAUUACCAGACGCGCUUCGAAGUAAAUGUCACCAUGCCAGCGUACUUCUUUACCACUGAUCCGUAUAUCUACGGAAGGGUGAUGGCCAACUUUACCAGUGGUUUACCUGUAAGAGGUAAUCUUACAAUCAAGGCUACGAUCCGACCGAUUGGGUACUUCAGCAACCAAGUGCUGAAUGAGAAGUUUCGCCUGGGUCGGUCGCCUUUAGAGCAGACUAAUCUUUACAAUGAACGGUGGCGCUACAAUAAUCCAAAUCAGAAUCCCCAAGUGCCGUAUAACAUACCUGGGCAGCUGCCCCAGGAUGGAGCAGAUCUCUCCCAGGAUGUUCUCUACAGGAAUCAAUAUGUGGUUGAGCGGCAUUACCAGUUCGACGAAGAGUGGCCUUUCUGGGUGAAAAAACCAGAAUACCAGGAAACCUACGAGGCUUGGACUGGAACUUAUCGAAAGACCUUGCCGUUCCUGCGCUACUUUAAUGGUACUUUUGACUUUAAGUGGCCCUUAAGGGAGCUGGAGCUUCUGGUGCCCAACUUGGCCAACUCGGAAGUGCUGAUCACAGCCACAGUUGGUGAGAGGUUCUAUGAUGAGAUCAUCAGUGGUUACUCCGUGGCCAGGGUGUAUAACUCCAGUUUGAAAGUGGUCUUCCUCGGCGAGUCACCUCAGGUUUUCAAGCCCGCCAUGCCAUUCACCACUUAUCUGGCAGUAGAGUAUCAUGACGGUUCGCCAAUUGAUCCAAACUUAUUGCGCCAGGGAUUAAUGGAAGUCACUGGCUUCGUAGAAAGUCGCAAUGGUGGUAGGAGAGAUUGGCCAGCCCAGCGCUUGCAGAUGUCACAGCAGAGCGAUGGCAUCUGGGAGGUGAAGAUUGACAUUAGGAAUGAUCUGAACCUAGAUGAACGACCACAAUCGAGGGAUUUCUUGAACGGCAUACAAAAUAUGCGAUUGCAGGCGAACUUUAUAGACCCCCGAGGGGAACGCAUUCAAACGGAGCUUCUGUUGGUGUCCCAUUAUUCUCCCAGAAAUCAGCACAUCAAGGUAACCACCAGCACUGAGAAGCCCGUAGUUGGAGAGUACAUUAUCUUCCACAUUCGUACGAAUUUCUACCUCGAGGAGUUCAACUAUCUCAUCAUGUCAAAGGGUGUUAUUCUGGUGAAUGACCGCGAGACCAUCACGGAGGGUAUCAAAACAAUAGCUGUGGUCCUGAGUUCCGAAAUGGCACCUGUAGCCACUAUGGUGGUAUGGAAGAUUAACCAACAGGGACAAGUUGUGGCAGAUUCCCUAACGUUCCCAGUAAAUGGUAUAUCCCGGAAUAACUUCACCGUAUACAUUAACAACCGCAAGGCAAGAACUGGAGAGAAAGUGGAGGUGGCCAUCUUUGGAGAGCCUGGUUCCUAUGUCGGAUUAUCUGGCAUAGACAGUGCCUUCUAUACGAUGCAGGCGGGCAAUGAACUUACCUACGCUAAAAUCAUAACAAAAAUGUCUAGCUUCGAUGAACAGACCAACGGAACUUACAAGCACAUUUGGUACUCCCACGAGGGCAAUCCCGAUGAGUUGGUGUACUUCCCCGCCUCGUCCUUCGGCAUCGAUGCAAAUCGCACUUUUGAGUACAGCGGAUUGAUUGUUUUUACGGAUGGCUAUGUGCCCAGAAGGCAGGACACGUGUAAUCGUACUUUGGGUUUCGGAGAAUGCUUAAGUGGACGUUGCUAUCGUCUGGAGAAGCAGUGUGAUGGCUUGUUUGAUUGUGACGAUGGAACGGAUGAGAUCAAUUGUCAUCCCAGGAAUGACACCGAGCUCUUAGACUACAGAAAAUAUCGAUUCAAUCGAGUGCUGCGUCAUUACGAGAAUGUAUGGCUCUGGAAGGAUGUGAACAUUGGACCACAUGGUCGAUUCAUUUUUAACGUAGAGGUGCCAGAUGUUCCUGCUUACUGGAUGGUCAGUGCUUUUAGUGUGAGCCCAUCCAAGGGCUUCGGAAUGAUCAACAAGGCUUUGGAAUACGUGGGAGUUCAACCUUUCUUUAUCAACGUAGAAAUGCCAGAGGCUUGCAGGCAGGGAGAACAGGUUGGCAUCCGUGUCACUGUGUUUAACUACAUGACCACUCCUAUCGAGGCUAUUGUGGUGCUGCAUGAUAGUAAGGACUACAAGUUUGUGCAUGUGGAAGAGGACGGCAUUGUGAGGUCUUACAAUCCUAGAACCAGCUUCGGUGAGCAUCAAUUCUUCAUAUACUUGGAGGCCCAAGGAUCCACUGUGGUUUAUGUUCCGGUGGUGCCUCAGCGUCUGGGCAAUAUUGAAGUGACCCUGCGCGUAGCUACUCUGCUGGGUACAGAUACCAUCAAGAGAACAUUGCAUGUGGAGUCGGAUGGUCUGCCACAGUAUCGUCAUCAAUCGUUGCUCCUUGAUCUUUCGAAUCGUGCCUAUGUCUUGGAGUACAUGCAUGUAAAUGUGACCCAGACGCCAGAAAUCCCCUACCAAGUGGAUCGUUACUUUGUGUACGGCUCGAACAAGGCUAGGAUAUCCGUUGUGGGAGAUGUGGUGGGCCCGAUUUUCCCCACCAUGCCUGUGAAUGCCAGCUCUCUACUCUAUUUGCCCAUGGAGUCGGGCGAGCAGAAUGCCUUCAGUUUCGCCGCCAACCUCUACACGAUUAUGUACAUGCGAUUGAUUAAUCAGCGCAACAAAACGAUGGAGAAGAAUGCCUUCUACCACAUGAAUAUUGGCUACCAACGGCAGUUGAGUUUCAUGCGGCCCGAUGGCAGCUUCUCACUUUUCCGCUCCGACUGGAAUAACUCAGACUCGUCUGUUUGGUUGACCAGCUACUGCCUGAGGGUAUUCCAGGAGGCCAGCUUCUACGAAUGGGAAAACUUUAUAUGGAUCGAUGCCACCAUUAUUGAAAAGAACAUGCGUUGGCUUCUGCAGCACCAAACGCCACAGGGAUCUUUCUAUGAGGUCACUUGGCUCCCGGACAGGAAGAUAAAUCGCACCAACUAUGACAAGAACAUCACGCUGACAUCUCAUGUGCUCAUCACUCUGGCCACGGUAAAGGAUAUUUCUGGAACCCUGGGCUCCAGAGUUGCUUUGGCAACUCAGCGAGCUUUGGCCUAUAUAGAGAGAAAUAUGAAUUUCCUGAAACACGAGGCGCAACCAUUUGAUGUGGCCAUUACCGCCUAUGCUCUUCAGCUUUGCAACUCUCCGAUUGCCGAGGAAGUGUUCUCCAUUUUACGGCGCCAGGCCAGAACGAUAGGCGACUUUAUGUACUGGGGUAACCAGGAAAUCCCGCAACCUCCACGCAAAUUGGAAAAUCAAAAGUGGUUUUCACUGCCCCGCCUGCCUUACGAAUAUGAUUCUUUAAACAUAGAGACCACCGCCUACGCGUUAUUGGUUUACGUGGCACGUCGCGAGUUCUUCGUGGAUCCCAUUGUGCGAUGGCUUAACUCUCAGCGCUUAAACGAUGGCGGAUGGGCGUCCACUCAAGAUACCAGUGCAGCACUCAAGGCCCUUGUGGAAUAUACAGUGCGGUCGAGGCUGCGCGAGGUAUCCGCGCUAACAGUGGAAAUCGAGGCCUCAUCUCAGGGCGGAAAAACGCAAACCUUUUACAUUGAUGAUACAAAUCUGGCGAAACUACAGAGUAUUGAGAUUCCAGAUGCUUGGGGUACCAUUAAGGUGCAAGCCAAGGGUGCAGGUUAUGCCAUCUUGCAAAUGCAUGUGCAGUACAAUGUGGACAUCGAGAAAUUCCAGACCAAGCCCCCAGUGCCAGCAUUUGGACUUCACACCAAGGCAGUCUUCCAUGGCAGGAAUCAGUCGCACAUCUCCUACGUGGCCUGUCAAAACUGGAUAAACCAAAACGAGUCGCAACGCUCGGGCAUGGCUGUUUUGGAUGUGGCCAUUCCCACUGGCUACUGGAUUCAGCAGCAAAAGCUUGACAGCUAUGUGCUCAGCAAUCGUGUUAGGAAUUUAAGAAGAGCUCGCUAUAUGGAACGCAAGAUUGUCUUUUACUUCGAUUAUCUUGAUCAUGAGGACAUCUGUGUAAACUUCACCAUAGAACGCUGGUAUCCAGUGGCCAAUAUGUCGCGCUAUCUGCCGGUGCGGAUCUAUGACUAUUAUGCACCGGAACGCUUUAACGAAUCGAUAUUUGAUGCUCUGCCGACAUAUCUGCUGAACAUCUGCGAGGUGUGCGGUAGCUCUCAGUGUCCAUACUGUUCCAUCUACAACAUGGGCUGGCGCGCAUCCAUGUCCAUGUCCCUGCUCUUCUUUAGCGUUUUUAUAUACCUGCUGCGGAGUCGUACGCACCUGGUCUUAAAUAUGAUGCAGCUGCUCACAUAGAAAAAGAAAGAAAGAUAUCCACAAAGUCACCUACGAAUCACUUUGCUAAGAUUUAUAGUGUUUUUGUUCAUUUAUUAGUUUUUUGUUUUGAGUUUUAGAUUUUUUUGUUUGCCAACGAAAUUGCAUUCCGUCCAAAAAUGCUGGUCAACAUUUUGGUUUUAUUUUUAGUUUUUUUCUCUGUAGUACUCCAUAGACCCGCUGUAGAAUCGAAUGUACAAAGCAGCAGUUAAUCAUAAUUUAAUUUUUAUUUUUAUUGCUGAACAAAGAAUAUUCUGCUAAACAUAAAGCAGACCACAUGUAGCCACCUAAUGUAUCUUGUAAGUUGUAACGAACCGUACUAUGCCUUAUCAUAGAGCGGGCUCCAAGUGCGGAAUGAAAAAUCAAUCAAUGUGUCUUUCACAAAAUGCCUUUAAUAGAUUUUAGAAAUCGUUAGGAAAUGUAUCUUGACAAAAUGUUUGAAUGCAUAUCAAAUGAGAAAUUAUCUAAUUUGUAUUAAUCUUGAAUUAUUUUUAAACGAAACUAAGCGAAAAACGUUGAAUAAACCGUCCAAUUAAUUUAUGCAAUUAAUGAAUCUGCAUAGUUUGUAAGUUUUAUACGUAUUCCCUCCAAAUGAAUUACAAAUAGUUUUUAAAUUCUAUAAAAAAAUCUCACAUAUCCAUGUCUAAGAAGCUGAAUAAUACCACAUUGAAAAGUCCCCUUUCUUACUUUAAGAAUCGAAUCUCCAUGCAUUGUCUUGUGUUUUCUUUUGUAAUAAACGAACUCUGAAAAUAAAUAAAAAUAA